AUGGGACAGAAGCCACGGUAUAACCGUUCUCUGUCUCAGCAAGGAAUGAGUACCCCACCAUUGGAUGGGACGGAAGACAAGACCAGUAGACUGUCGUCUCCUUUUUACUUGAGCAGGGCCGUCAGUGGAUCGAGCAAUCCAUCAAGAAAAGGAUACAGGAGACCAACAUAUACAGAUUUAGACGAUGAUUGGGAUGCAGUCAUUGACGAAACAGAACCACGGGGAAAGCAGAAAUCGUAUCUGAGCGGUUCGCAGCAACCUGAUGCAUUCCUGAGGGAAAAUGGCCACCAAAACAGCGAUAUUUUAAUCAAUACCCUUCAUCCUGAGUUCCCAGUAAGCUCCGAGGUGGAUCCUAAUGCUGGCACAAACAGUCCGCGGGAUCAUGGUAAUGAGUUAAGGUUAGAAGCUCAAAUGAAGAGUCAAAAUACCAAGUUCAUGAAAUUCAAGAGCAUUCUUACCGAAGACGAAAGCAGCGUCAAUAUGCGACAUCUCAAGAAGCUUUCGUGGAACGGUAUACCUCGAGAAUUAAGAGCGUUAACCUGGCAGAUGCUAUUAGGAUAUCUACCUACGAACAAGGCAAGACAAAGUUCUACCUUGAAACGCAAACGACAGGAGUAUCUCGAUGGCCUCCAUGAUGCAAACGUUGAGGCUCUUUUUGACGGUAAAGUCACCCCUAAUAACGCAUCAACGUCGCUGUUACCUGUUUCAAGUAAUCGUGAUAACAGUGCCAAUAAAGAUAAGCAACUUAAUCAUCAGAUCAAGAUCGAUGUUAAAAGAACAAGUCCAACUAUUAAGCUCUUUGGGUACGAGGCUACUCAGAAGUCGCUUCGAAAAGUCUUGUAUUUAUGGGCUAUCCGACAUCCAGCAAGUGGCUACGUUCAAGGUAUUAAUGACUUGUGUACUCCAUUCUAUCAGAUCUUUUUGGGCCAUUAUCUUUGGCAGCUCCAACAACGAAAAGCCAGUAAAUCAGGUCGGGGGCAAAUUCCUAGUGCCCUCAUUAUUCCAGGAAUGAUUGAUGAAGAAGGCGCAGAUUCCUGUGAGAACGAGCUCCUUAACGAUCCGAUCUUGGAUACAUACACUUGGGAAACUUUUGAUACAAACCGGCUUUCUUCGAGGGUAACCUCAAUUAUAGAGGCCGAUACAUUCUGGUGUCUCUCCAAACUAUUAGAUAAUAUAACGGACAACUACAUUCAUGAGCAGCCUGGUAUUAUACGUCAAGUUAAUGAUUUACGGAACCUUAUUUCGAAGAUCGAUAAUUCGCUACUCGAACACUUGGAAUGUGAAGGCGUUGAUUUUAUUCAGUUUGCCUUUCGCUGGAUGAACUGCUUGUUAAUGAGAGAGCUUUCCAUAGAACUUAUUAUACGGAUGUGGGAUACUUAUCUAAGCGAGACGCCACUUGGAUUCAAUAACUUCCAUGUCUAUGUUUGCGCCGCGUUCCUCAUCAAAUUUGCAGGCGAACUUAAGCAAAGAGAUUUUCAAGAGAUCCUUUUAUUUUUACAAAAUCCCCCUACAUCAUCAUGGACAGAGAAAGAUGUCGAGCUCAUGUUGAGUGAAGCUUUCAUAUGGCAAAGUCUUUAUGAAAACGCUUCAGCACAUCUUAAGUGA